CAAGAGCAAGAAAGAAGACAGAGUUUGAAGGGGUGGGGGAGAGAAAAAGGAAAAAAGAGAGAGAGAGAUAGAGAUAGAGAGAGAAAGGAAGAACUAACAAGCUGCAGAUAAUAUAGAUUGAAGGAUUAGAUAAACGAAAAGCUACGAUUUUUCUUCUUCUGCACAUACAUAGGUUUCUUUUAGUGGAGAAAUCUUGUUUUCUUCUUUGAUUUCUUACCGGUUUUCAGCCGGGAAUCUGGAAUUUCUUUUUUGUUGGUGUUGUGUUCUUCCGGCGAUUUUUCAGUUAGGGUUUUUUUUUUGUUGGAGAUGAGAUUAGUGUUUGGGUAUAGUUGAUUCGGUGGAAGAGGGAAAGAAUCGAAUCGUAUCUGAUAUGGAUAGGAACAGAGAAGCUAGAAGGACGACGACGAACAUGGUGGCCUCUAACGGGCUUUCUAGACGGAGAUACAGGAGUGGUGGUCUUCGUGACUCUCCAGAGGAUGAUGGACCACUGGAGUUACAGGAUACCGUGAGAUUGAGAGAUCGAGGCAGUGGGAAGAAAGAUCGAGAUCGAGAUAGGGAUAGAGACAGAGAUCGAGACAGGGAUAGAGAUCGGCUUAGCAGGAGCAAGAGGAGAAGAGCUGAUAGAUUGAUUCAUGGUGGUAGUAAUAGAGAAGAUGGUGGGGAAGAUAGUUCUGAAGAGAGUGUAAACGAUGAAGAGGAUGAGGAAGACGAUGAUGGUGGUGGUGGAACUGGUGGUGGAGCAUCCGUCAGAAUGCUUCCGCCGAAUCCAGCGACGAUUUUGAACCAUCGGAAGAGUUAUCCACCGGCGAAGAGUUUUAGAGCAGCACCGUCGUGGAAAGCCGCCGAUGAAAUGAUUGGUGUGUCGGUGCCGAGAAAAGCCCGGUCAGCCUCUACGAAGCGGUCUCAUGAAUGUUGGCCAGCAGCGGCGGGGAGCGGAACGGUGACUGAAGCCAUUCACCGGCAAGCUUCGACAUCGCCAGUGAGGCCAAGUCUUACACCAAUGGUGACGCUUCAACCUCCAGCCUCGCCUUCUUCUUCCAAUGCUCCGGUGAGGAAGAAGCUGAAGCAAACCGGACCUAAACUCCGGCCUCUCAAAUCCUCCUCAAAACCAUCAUCCAUGGCUCAAGAUGAGAUCGAGAUCGAGAUUGCUGAAGUCUUGUACGGUAUGAUGAGACAACCUCAAGCUCCUCCGAAACAAGAACCAUCUUCUACUACUGAUUCAAUGAAGUUCGAUCCGAAAUCAACCACCGAUGCGAAAUCCAGAGUUUCAUCCCCGAUUUCCAACUCUUCUUCUGCUUUGCCUACCCCCUCAACUUUGCCUCAAAAUUCCAUUUCUUCUGUCACUCCGUUAUCAGCCACCGCACCCAAGAGGAAAAGACCGCGUCCUGUGAAGUACGACGACGAGAACGCCGCUACUUUCAGCCUUCGGAAUAGCCCCAUUUCAUCAACAGCCAAACCGGAGGCUGAUCAGCCCAUUAAUGCCGAGAUCCCUGCAUCAAAUGUGGAGAAAGUUGCAGGAUCUGGAGUUGAAAAUGGUGGAGUUUCAAACGAAGCUGGUAAUUCUCAGACCUUACUACCAGCAUUAGAGUCCCUUCCGGAAUCUAUGAAGGUGGAAACAGCCAGUGCUAUGUCCAAUUCUAAGCCAUUGACUGAAGAAUCAGAAGAUAAAGAUUUGGGCUCAAGUAAGGAAGAACCCCAAUCUCCCUUGAAGGAAUCAAAUGGCCCUAGAUUGGAAGAUAAGCGAGAGGAUAUGACAACGACUAAAUCAAAUUCAUCAACCUUCGAUGUUGAGAACCAGCGUGAUGAUAAGUACAAGAUAGAUCUGAUGGCUCCUCCACCAUUACGAGCUUCUCCCGAAAGAGAUGGUGAGAUUGAUUUUGUGGCCGUAGAUGCUAAACCUAUGGUUAUAGAUGCAGACACGGAAAUGAAGCCUCUGAUAAAGGAAGAAGACAAAGGAGCAAUCAGACUUGGUGCUAAAGAGGUGGUGAAUGUGGAGUCUAAAGCUAUACCAGUUGAAGAGGCUGAUUCAAAGAAACCCAUUGUUGGAAAAGAUAGAAAUAUUGGCCUUCAGCUUGAUUUAGAGAAGACGACUGAUAGAGAUGCUGCCACUGCAAAUGUAGUCACCAACAAGCUCCACCAGCAUGUUCCGAAACAAACGCCGCAACUUGGCUCCGAAAAGACUGGAUCUGCUGUUCAAGCGAGCUCUCUUCCUUUGCCCAUGUCUCUGCCUGGCUGGCCAAGUGGGCUGCCUCCUAUGGGAUAUGUGGCACCGCUACCAGGAGUUGUGUCUGUUGAUGGAAGCGCGUUGCCUACUGCUGCUAUGCAGCCGCCAAAUUUGCUUUUUCUUCAACCUCGGCCCAAGAGGUGUGCUACACAUUUCUACGUUGCUCGGAAUAUAUUGUAUCACCAGCAUAUUGCGCGGAUGAAUCCGUUUUGGUCAGCAACAACGGGUUCUGGUUCCUUGUUUGGGCCUAAACAUGGAACUCACAGCAUUGUGCCCUCUGCAGAUUUGCAAGGAAAUCUUCCUAAAGGUGGAAUAAAUGCAAUGCAGGAUAAGGGCCAGGGCCUCGGAAUGUUCUCGGGUCAUUCUGGAAAAGAUAGGAGCUCUCAAGCUGUUAAUGCUGUGGAUGCCUCCCAGAGAAAGCAAAUUUUGCUUCAGCAAGCGCUACCCCCAGGAGCUCCUAGCAAUAUCCUGCACGGCCCUGCUUUCCUUUUGCCACUGAGUCAGCAACAGGCAGCGGUAGCCACUUCUGUUCGGCCGGUUUCUGUGAAGUCUCCUCCUUCUAGUGGGAAUGCCAAUGGCAGUGUGGCUUCAAAUGCUUCAAACCCUGCCUCUGUUAGUACCUCAGCAGCGGCAGCAAUUGCUGCACCUGCAAUGAGUUUCAACUAUUCGGGUGUGCCUGGCAAUGAACCGCAGUAUUUAGCCAUUUUGCAGAACAAUGGAUAUACAUAUCCAAUUCCAGCACAUGUUGGGGCACCGCCAGCAUAUAGAGGAACCCACGCUCACUCAAUGCCAUUUUUCAAUGGGUCGUUUUAUUCUUCACAAAUGCUUCAUCCUUCACAGCUUCAGCAGCAACCUCCACCUCAGCCUCAUCCUAAUCAACCGGGGCUUCAAAAUGCAAAUACUGCCAAUGGUUCCUCAUCUUCUCAGAAGAACGUAUCUAAUCAGCAGCAGAGGCCACAUGGGAGCAGUGUCAGUGGGAACUUUCAAGGCUUUCCUGCAUCUAGAAACCAGCAAUCUCAAUCACAGCAGCCACAGCAGAACCAUGGUUCUCAUCAAACAAGGCAACUUGAGCCUGAGAUUGGUGGUGAAGAUAGCCCAUCAACCGCUGAUAGUCGGGUGAAUCUUGCUAAUUUGAGUGUCUAUGGGCCAAAUUUUCCGAUGCCAAUUCAUACUCCCAAUUUUGCUUUGAUGACUCCCGCCUCAAUGCCGGCCGCCGGUGGUGCACCUAAUGACAAAAAGCAGCAGCAGCCCCAACAACAGUCACAGGGUUCAAAGACUCUGGAACAAUCUCAAACUAUUCCUUUGUCUUUUGCUCCUCCUAACGGGGCGCCCUCUGCCCCUGGACUUGACCUUUCAUCCAUAUCACCGAAUCAUCCUAUUUUUCAAAGUCUUCCUGAGAUCACCAGGCAAGGGUACCAUCAGAUUAUGGCUGCUGCUGCUGCUGCACAGGCUGCCCAGCAGAAAAAGAAUUAUCGUGUUGCUGAAGAAGGAAAAACAGCACAUUCAUCUGUUGGGGAGGAUGAGAGAAAAAACAUGUCUGUAAAGGCUCCUCCAACUGUUGGUCAAUCCAUUGCCUUCUCUAGAUCGGAUUUAGCUGAGACAUCGCUUUCUACAUUACCAGCUGGGGCUGCCAUUGUUGACAGCACUGCAAGAACUCUGAACCUUGGUAGUAAUGCCGCUAGAGCUUCAGGUUCUGUUAUGCCAUCUUCGAUGGGCACUGUAAACAUGUGUGGUUCUCAGCAUCCACUGCAGCGAAAUCAGCAGCAGCAGCAACAACAAAUAAUUCAGCUUCAAAAGCAACAGCAAUAUGCUGCUGCAGCUGCUGCUGCAGCAAGGACCAAAACAUCAACAACAAGUAAUGGCAAUGUUUAUGGUGAGCACACGCCUGCAUCUUCAAUGGCAGCGAAGUUUCCGAAUGCGUUGUCUUAUUCUCAAAAUCUCGUCCAAAGUAACAGCAAUAGUCCUGCUCAAUCUCCUCAGUGGAAAAAUUCUGUAAGGACCACCUCUUCUCAGGUUCAAACUCCCCCUCUGUCUUCAUCAAAUACAUCAUCUAUCAAAAAUCUUCCCCAACAGCAGGGCCGUCCACAGCCAAACCACUCUCAGAUUUCUUUUUCAACUAACACAAAAUCUACAACACAAUCUCAAGGGCAGCAACCUGCAAACAGUAAUCAAUCACCAUCACCUGGAAUGAUUGGUUCACCGACUAAUUCGUCAAUCUCAAAGGGUGCUGGUGGAAGCCCACGGACUGCUACCUCUGGUUCUUUGGGCCACAAAGUUGGUCAAUCAUCUUCAUUAUCAUCGCAGCAGACAAAGAAUCCUACAUCUAUGCCCCCCCAGAAGUCAUCUCCUGUUGGUGGGAGGAAUGUUACGUCGAUUCUUGGCAAUAAUCAAAUGACCUCUUCAAGUUCUGGAAAUAAAUUAUCCCAACAGUCGCAGCAGCAACAACAGCAACAGCAGCAACAACAUUUGGCAAAGCAGACAUUGCAGCAAGCACAGUUACUUUUCCCUUAUAUGCAGCAAGUUUCUCAUUCUUCUAGUAGCAGUGCAACUGUUUCACCUUCAAGUGGUUAUUAUAUGCCUAGGCGUCGUCCUGAGCAGCAAUCACAACCACAGGGCUCAGGAGGAACGUCCUCCAACGGAAUGCUAUCCCUCUGCCAUCCUGUUACACUCGGAGGCAGCAGCACUACUGAUCCUGCAAAGGCUGUUGCUGCUGCUGCUGCGGCGGCUAACAAUAUGAAAGGUGGUGGUGGUUUGCCCACACAAGCCAUUCUCCAUCCUGCUCAGUUUGCUGCUGCACAGUCUUCUGGUAAUCCUCAUCAACUUGUACCUGCAGGUUUCCCUUACGUGCAUACAGCUGCAGUGCAAGUGAAAUCGACAGAGCAAAAACAACCUGCGGGUGGGUAGAGGAUUUCGGCUCUUGUUCUUUAACCAACCCAUCCAGCUAUUACUAUUUCGAAUCGGGACUGUAGACUUGUGAACGAUGAUGUUUCUUGCCCGGGGAAGUGACAGUGGGCGUAUCUUAUGGCAGCCUGAGAAGAAAUGAACGUUCAAAUAGGAGCGCGAAAGCAGAACGACAGUCUGAAUGCCUUGUCGGACUCUUGAACCCACAAUUUUGGGAAAGCUAUGAGAGGAAGUGGGAAAUAUUGUCCUCCCCCGUUUGAGAUGGGCUCUCAGAUGUGGGUUGUUCAGUUAUCUGUCUGGAUUGAUGACGAUGUUUAAAUAUGGUUUGGGUCUGGAUGGGGAAAGGAAAAGACAAUCCAAAGAAGAAUCUUUGAAGCAAGACACACGGCACAGCGAACCAUAUGAAUGAUGAUGACAAUGGAAUGAAGGAGAGAGGAAAAGCAAGAAAGAUAUCCUUUUCCUUUCCUUUCCUUUCUUUUCCUUUCCUUACCUUUGGCUGGUGGGUUGUAAUGGUGGAGGUUCUUUUUCUUCCUUAAAAUAUUUGAUUUCAUUCCCUUUUUGAGGUUUAUUUCUCUCUUUAAGCUCCCUUUAGAAACAGUAUCAUCAUCUCUCUUUAACAUAUAUAUAAUAUAUAUAUAUGUGCAGUGAAGGAAAAAGAGGGUGUAGUUGUAUAUGUUUGGCACAUAUAAAAAUGGGUUAGCCCUCAAAUUUUAUUGAUUUGAAAAAAAAAAACCCAAAA